AUGUCUGUAGGACAGAUUCUGAACAUCGUAGCUGAUACACACAGGAUGCACGCCGCAGAAAGACGGAAACAGACAGGGCAGGAAAGGAAAUGGCUCGACAGGACAAGCUGGAUCCUCGUCGCAACAAGCUUAACAUUCAUUCCGUACCCGCCAGCUGGUGACGAGUGGCUGAUGGUCAAUAUCCGGUCGGGAGCUGCAUGGUAUGCUUUUGUCCUAACUGCGACAGAGCUGUUCCUUGCCCUUGUCCUGGCCACGACCAGAAUCAGGAUUGGAACGAUAGUACGGUUAACUAGUUUUACGAAGCACAAUCUCCACACCAAGAUGCACCAACAUCAAUUUUGA